AUGGAAUUCCUACUUUUAUCAGUCAUUCUAAUGAAAAUUCAUUGUGGUAUUAGUUAUCCUUUGAUCUUUAGGUUGGGAACUUUACAAAUCUGAAUUGAUGGAUAGUUCAACAUUUCAUGAGUGGAAGAAUUCUAAUAACAUUCCUUCAUCGAAUUUGUUGCGGUUUUGUGAUUUAUAACCAACACUCAAUUCAAAAAUCCUCUAAGGUGACGUUUCCUUAACUCGUAAAAUUAUAAUGUCUACAUCCAGAGGAUUUAGUAAAAUAAGAAUAAGUUUUGAUAUCUACUAUAUUGGUUUAUGGAAUCAUGCAGAAGCAAUUACAGUAUAUGCCAAUAGUUUGUUAGUGCAUAAUGAAACUCCAAAUAAUAGUUUGUUAGAAGACUAUCCAAUGAGAUAUUGUAUAUAAAGGCCUUUUGGGAAAUCAAACUCUGAAAAAAUAUCAAGAAUAGAUCAAACAAUAUCAUUUAAUGAUCCUCAAUUAGAUAUAGAAAUUGUUCAUGAGUAAGUAACUAGUGGUUCAACCAGUGAUUAUGGAAUAACAAAUUUUGUAUUAUAAGUUUUUUAUUGUGAUGAUCUUUGUGAAGAAUGUGAUGAAUAUCAAUGUUUGACAUGUAAAUUAGGAUAUUAAUUAAUAAAAUCAUAAUGUAGAUGUGAUCCAAAUUCAAAUUAUUCAUUUUUUAAUCCAGAUUUAUAAUGUCUUGAUGAAUGUUUAAUAGGCUAUGUGCCUGAUGAGAAUAGUGUUUGUCAAUUAGCAACUAUAAAUAAUAUCUAUAUGGAUUUGGAAUAAGAUAACUUUAAUAUUUACAAAUUUUAAUAUAUUCCUGAUAAAUAUUAUAGUUCUAUUUAAUUGAUGACGCAAACAAUUGGAAGUAAAAGUGUGGCUGGUAUGUUUGGAAAUACAGACAAAAUUGUAUAUAAUGAUAUUUCUUUACCUGCAAAUGGAUAAUAUGAAUUGAAAUUUACAUUAUAUAUGACUGGUAGAGUUACUAGUUUAAUGCCAGAAGAAAUAAUAAUUAAAUUCAAUUAGUUUGUAGUGGCAAAAAUAGAUGAUUUUUAAUCAGUUUUCUUUUUUUCAUACUUUAAACAAAGUAAUAGAGUUUAAUUUAAAGAAAUUUGUAAUUCCCCUUAAUAUUAAUAAUGUAAGUCAUACUCAAUUUACAUGAAAUUUUAUUUAACAGAAACAGUUAAUGAAAUCGAAUUCAAUUCUAAAUUUACUUUAAUUAAGCCAUCACGUAAAUGGGGAAUCAGAGAUUUCAUGAUUAAUUAAUAUUCAAUAUCUAGUACUCAAAUAAGUUGUUUAAAUAAUUGUUUAACUUGUUAAUUUAAUUCAUUAGAUAUAUGCUUGUCUUGUGGAAUCAAUAAAUAUCUAUUUAAAGGAAUGUGUAUAGAUUAAUGUCCAGAUUAUACAAGUGCAAUCAGUAAUGUUUGUGUUGAUUCUCAAAUUGUAAAUAAUAAUUAAGAAUAUUUAAUUAAUAUGUUUCAUGAUUUAAAUCAUUAAUACUUGGAAUCAUAUUCUAAUAAAUUAAGUUUAAAAUAAUAUUCAUAUUUUAUGAAUAAGAUAAUUUUAGGAGGUCUUAAUUUUUGGAGUAAUUAAUAGGUUAUUCAUAAAUUAAGAAAUAAGAAACCAUUUUAUAAAAUAUAAUUGGAUUUUAUGUUAGUAUUCAUUGAUUCUAAGAAUAAUCAAAUUUAAUUUAGAACAAGUAUAAAUUCUGAAACUCCAAUAUAUUCAAUGUUUGGUAGUGGAAUAUCAGUUGGUAAUUAAGUUGGAUAAUCUGAUAUUGAAGUAAUAUAGAGUGUAAGUUAUGUAAAAUCAUUCUAAUCCAUUAAUGAAUUAUCAAUAUAAUUACACUGUAUGAGAAAUAUUGAUAGUGAAGCAUAUUGUGGAAUAUAUGAUUAUAGAAUUAUCAUUUGGACUUGUUAAGAUUAUUGCUUAGAAUGUGAUGAUAAUGGAAAUUGUUUAAAUUAAUUAGAUACAGUAAGUACUGAUAUUAAUGGAUGUAAAUAAGGAUAUUAUAUGGGAGAGAAUGGAAAUUGUAAUAUUUGUAAUAUUGGAUGCAGUAGUUGUAAUGGAGGAUCAGAUUGUAUUACAUGUAAAGAUGGAUAUGAAUUGAGAAAUAAUAUUUGUUAUUGUUCAAUUCUCAAAGAUGUGAUUGAAUAUUGUUCACAAAGUAAUUGCUUUCAUAAUUGUCAAACAUGCUUAAAUGAUAAAAUAGAUGUUGGUGUUAUACGUCCAAAACAUCCAAAAAAUUGUUUAUCUUGUGAUGAAUCCAAAAACUUAUGGUUAGAUAUUAAUUAAUGCACAUGUCUAGAUGGAUAUUAUAUGGAGAAUUUUAGUUGUUAUUUAUGUUAUCCAACUUGUAGAAAGUGUUAAGAUAGAGCUAGAGAUUGUUUAGCUUGUAUUCCAGGAUAACAUAGAAUAUUAAUAUCAUCAUCAUGCGAAUGUUAAACUGGCUAUUUUCAAGAAGAUAAUGAUUUGGUUUGUUCUAAAUGUUCUGAUCUAUGUUAAGAAUGCAAAUUUACAAAAGAAUAAUGCAGCUCUUGUUAUCCAUUUCACAAUAGAAUUCCUCAAAAUGAUACUUGUAUAUGUAUGGAUGGAUAUUUUGAGGUUGGUUAAUUGAUUUGUUAAAGUAAUUAUUAUUUAAUAAUUUAUUAGAAUGUCCUUCUUUAUGUAAGACUUGUCAAGAUGCUAAUACUUGUACUUCAUGUUAUGAAGAUUAAUUUAGAAUUAUGAGUAUUAACAAUAAAUCUUGUAUAUGUUAAACAGGAUACUUUCAACAAUCCUCUGAUGUUUGUGGAUGUACUAUUAUUUAUAUAAUUCAUAGAGUGUCAUAUAUCAUGUCUAGAAUGUUCCAAUAAUACAAAUUAAUCUUGUACUAGAUGUCCUAGUACUAGAGAACCUUUGAUUACAAAUAAUACUCUUCAGUUCUCUUGUAAAUGUAGAAGGGGAUAUUAUGAAUCCAAUGAUAAGUAAUGCUUAAGUUGUAAUGAUUAUAUUAAUCCUCCAAUAAGUCAUUAUUGCUAUUCAAAAUGUGGAGAUGGUAUUCUAUAAUGGAAUGAAGAUUGUGAUGAUGGCAAUGAUAAUUAUAGAGAUAAUUGCUAUAAGUGUUUAUAUGGUAAUUCUUUUUGUUUAGAUUACACAUGCACAGCUUGUGAUGCUGGUCAAUGUACAGCCUGUAUAGAUGGAUUUUAUUUAACACAAGAAUCUAUAUGUCUACCUUGUGAUCCAAGUUGUAAGAAAUGUAUAAAUAAAUCUGAUACUUGUACUGAUUGUAUGGUAUAUUAAAAUGAUGGAUCUGGUUGUGUAAUGUGUAAUUAAGAUCAAGGAUAUUAAGUUUAAGGAGAUUAAUGUGUCAAUAUUUGUGGAGAUGGUAUCAAGGUUUAAAAUGAAUAAUGUGAUGAUGGAAAUUUAGAUAAUAAUGAUGGUUGUAAUUUAUUAUGUUAAAUUGAAGAAGGCUAUUAAUGUUAGACUUUAUGUGAAAAGAUAAUUUAUCCAUCUAUUGUAUUUGAAUUAAAUCCAUAUGAUUAAAAAUAUGAUUCAUUAAGAAUUGUAAGAAUUAAGACAGAUUAAAAAGUAUCAAUAUCAGGUAAUAUCAAUUCUAUUAUGAAAUUCAAAAUUAAUAAUUUAAAUUAAUAUGAAAUCACUUAUGUAGAUUUAACAUAAUACUCUGAUCAAUAUAGUUAUUUGUUUCUAGAAUUGAAUAUUCAAUUUUAAUCAGUAGUUUCUAACCCUUAAUUAAUUUGUUAAAUAAUAAAUCAAGAUGCUAUACUUAAUGAAUAAGGUAAUACUUUCAAAGAUAAAAAUUAUGUUACUUCAUUAUUGGAAUUUCAGGCUCCUUCAAAUUCAACAGAGAGUGCUACUGAUGGAUUAAUGAAAUUAAGUAAAUAUGUUUUAUACUUGCUCUUUGGAUUUGCUAUUUUAGCAUUUCUUUUUGGAGGUCUAAAUAUAUUUUGGAAUCUUUUAGAUGUUCUCCAAUUAGUAUCUUACUUAUAAUUUUUUAAUGUUGAAUACCCAUAUAAUGUUAAAAAUUACUUCACUAUAUUUGGAUUUGCAUAAUUCGAUUACAUUAAGCAAUAUGUUAAUUUAGAAUCAUAUAUUAGUGAAUAUGUAAAUACACCAGAUGCAGAUCCUAAGUUUCGAGAUGAAGGAUAUUCAACUGUCUUUUAUGUAAACAUAAUAACUGUUUUGACUGUAUUCAUAACAACAUUGAUCACUUUCAUUGCAUGUAAAAUGCUUUUUUAAACUUUGACAAAGAUUUCCCAUUCUUUUAUUUAUGCUCCUUUAGAUUCAUAGGAACAAAGUGUAUGUACAUUUUUCAUAUACAGAAUCACAAGAAAUUUAUAACAAUCUCUAUUAAAAAUCAAUUAAGAGUUUAUGUCAGGAGUUAUUCGUACAUUUAUGGCUGUAGCUUUUGAUUAUAAUCUUGCUUUGUUUCUAUAAUUAAAAGAUGUAUAUUUCAAAGAUCCGGUAUUAUUUUCAAGUUUUUUGUUUUGCAUAAUUGCUCUUUUAUUGGAAGUGGCAUUUAUUUAUUCAGCAAUACUGUUAAUGUCAUAACCAGCUUAUGUUUUCAAAUAGAAAGUUAUUCAAAAUAAUUUUUAAGCAAUUUAUGAAGGUGUAAAAUUGGAGAAGAAUCCUUUCACAUAUUAUUUCAACAUACUCUUAUUGAUAAAGAAAAUGUUAUUUAUGAUGUUUUUAGUGUUUUUUUACUCAAUUCCUUGUAUAUAAAUUGGAUUGGUAUCCUUAUUAAACAUGAUAAUGGCUGUUUAUUUGAUCAAAGUUAAACCUCUUUAGGAUAAAGAUGAAUUAAUUAAACAAAUAGGAUCUGAAAUAAUAAUUUGGUUAGCAGAAUUAUUUAUAAUGGGUUUUGCUAUAAAUGAACAAUCCAAUCAAUUAGAGGAUAAUGGAAAAUUAAAGUUGGGAUGGAUUGUUAUUGCAUCAACAUCAUUCCUUAUAUUGUUUUAAUUAUUCAUUGAUAUUAAAUAGCAUAUUAACUUCUUAAUUCAUGAAUAUGCUAUAAUUAAAAAGUUGAUAGAUAGAAUUAAAUUGCUUAUUAGUAAAUAAGAACCAGAAGAGGAACAAAAUAUUUUCCUAUAGGGAAGAAGAAGAUUAGGAUUUGAGAACAACACUUCAUUGAAUAAUCUAAAUAGCACUAAGAAUAAUAGAUCUACAUGUCACUUUAAAUAAGGAAGAGUUGUAACAUUUACAGUCAGCUCAAAUGGUAGCUGA